CCUCAGCGCAGCCCGGCUCGGCGGAGCCGGCCGCUCCCGCUCCCCCGGCCCGGGCUCUUUGUCGGCGCGUGCCGGCGGGGGUCGGCAGCGCCAUGUCCUCCCCCCAGAAUGGCUUCUACCGGCAGGAGAUCACCAAGACCCUCUGGGAAGUGCGGGACCGCUACCGGGACCUGCAGCCGGUGGGGUCCGGCGCCUACGGAGCCGUGUGCUCAGCCGUCGAUGGAAGAAGUGGUACCAAAGUGGCCAUUAAGAAAUUGUACCGGCCGUUUCAGUCUGAACUCUUUGCCAAACGAGCUUACCGAGAGCUGCGUCUCCUGAAACACAUGAAGCAUGAAAACGUCAUUGGAAUUUUGGAUGUAUUCACACCAGAUGUAACACUGGAAAAGUUUAAUGACUUCUACCUCGUCAUGCCAUUUAUGGGAACAGACUUGAGUAAGAUAAUGAAACAUGAGAAAUUAACUGAAGACCGAAUCCAGUUCCUAGUAUAUCAGAUGUUGAAAGGCUUAAAGUAUAUCCACUCAUCAGGCAUAAUUCACAGGGUUUUCUCAGUUGGUGCCUUUGAUUUCUUCUUCAAUGGGAAAAAUUGGCAUGGCUAUGUCAGUGAUCUGAAGCCUGGAAACUUGGCAGUAAAUGAAGACUGUGAAUUGAAGAUCCUGGAUUUUGGAUUGGCAAGACAUACAGACAGUGAGAUGACCGGCUAUGUGGUUACAAGGUGGUAUAGAGCCCCAGAGGUCAUACUUAACUGGAUGCAUUAUACUCAGACAGUUGACAUCUGGUCUGUGGGCUGUAUAAUGGCUGAGAUGAUUACAGGGAGACCUCUGUUCAAGGGAAAUGAUCAUCUGGACCAACUCACAGAAAUAAUGAAAAUAACAGGUACACCAACUCAAGAUUUUGUUCAAAAAUUGCACAGUCAAGAUGCAAAAAACUAUAUCAAAAGCCUCCCAAAAGUCCAGAAGAAAGAUUUUGCAUCCAUCUUGAAGUAUGCGAAUCCUUUGGCUGUAAAUCUCUUGGAGAAGAUGCUAGUGCUGGAUGCAGAGAAGCGAGUCACGGCAGCUGAGGCUUUGAUGCAUCCUUAUUUUGAACCAGUUCACGAUCCUGAGGAAGAAAUUGAAGCUGAGAAAUACGACGACACAUUUGAUAACAUGGAUCUUCCACUGGAUGAGUGGAAACGCAUUACAUACAAAGAGAUACUGAACUUCAAGCCACCACAGACAUUGGACUCAAAGGAGACAGCAGUGUAAUUGUAUGGCUGAGUAUUUUCAGAACUCUGAGGACAGCAGAAAAGUUGUAAAUGUUUGUGACAUUUCAAGUGUAUAAAAUAUUUUAUAAGUAAGCUCUAUGUAAUCUGUUUCAUCUGCACUGUAAGAAAGAGCAAUGUCCUUUACAUGUGGAAGUUGGUGCCUUUGGGAAUAGCAUUUCAAAAAUAUCGAGAAACUUAUUUCUGCCUACAGCUUCUUCUAUCUGCACGAAAGGACUCAGACUGCAAUAACCUGGUGCCAUGCUCAAAAGAGCAGGACUAAUUCUUCAACUCAGAGAUCAGAAGAAUACAAGUUACCACCCCAGGCAAGCUGAGAACACAGUAUGUCUGAUGUGCUGUGACUGCCCUCCAAGGCCACUGAACUAUCUUGAAUGCAAGAAGUAUUCAUGUGACUUCCUCUGGAAUAUUUCACUUUGCUGAGAUGCCUGGGAAGGCUAAUCAUCUUCUGUUACCUCAGGGACUGCAGUGGGUAGCAGAGACACAGCCCAAAUGAGUGCCUGCAUCCCUUGUCCUAUGUGAGUGGAAGUUUUGAUGUCCUAGAUUGUUUUCAAAGUAACCAGCAUAGCAGGACAAGAUUUCACAAACUUGCUAGAUGAACAGUCACUGGUUAUAUAAUCACUGUAUCGUAUUUUUCUCUGAAUACAUUUUCUUUGUAUAGUAGACAUGGGAUCAAGGAUUUCCAGGAAGAAUUUCUUCAUAUUUUCUAAAAUUUUGUAAGCUCUCUAACAUCUUAGUAUUGAUUAUCUCAGAUGGUCAGCAGUGCUGAUUUUAAAAAUAAAGCCGCAUGUAGGUCACUUUAUAGAAAAUGAAAUGAGGACCAGAAUGACACACUGCAGCUCUUCAUUUGGAAUACCUGCAGCAAGCUAUUCUUUUUCACGGUGUACAAAGCUUUUACCAGGUGAGAAUAAUAAUUAUUCCCUUUUUUUCCCUUUUGAACUUACAUUACUGGGAAAAACCUUCAGACCUUUUGUUGAGAGGUACCUUAGCAGAAGUCAGCUUCCUGAUGGGAUAGAUUACUUAGAUGCUUCCUGAGUUCCUCUUGCUGUCCUCUUACCAUAAGUCUCUGAGAGACGGGAAAAAGAGCUGGCAAACCUCUGUGAAGAAUUUCUGGGUGAAAUUGCUUGUCUUAAAGGCAGUAUCUUCACAAUUGACUGUUUGGAUGUGGGUUAUUCCCAGUGUAGUAGUACACACUGUAGUGUGUUACUAUGGAGUGAAAUGACUGUGAAAGAAGACAUUUGAUCUUAGCAGGUAGUAACUGGAGCAAAAAAAAAAUUGCUUGGGAGGUUUUUUGCUAUAAUAUCCAAUAUAAGCCGUAAGUUUAAUAAAGACAGUUAUUCUGUUUCUUUCAA